AUGAUUCGCUAUAUUGAACAGAAAUUGGCAGAUCUUCAAUCAGCACACAAAGCUGGACAGAAUCUUCGCAAAUAUAUACCAUCUGGUGUAGAUGUAGAGCUUAUAUUACAACUUACCUCACAUGAUCUUGGCGAGAAGAUAUUAGCUCAUCACACUCUACGUCAAAGCAAUGAUACUGUCAAAUUAUCUGACCUCAGACCUCAUCCACUUAUUGUUUGGUCGAUGUUACCUCGUGAAACAAGAAUGUCUGUUUGUCAUUUUACAAUGAAUCGUUUCUCUUCUGCCCUUCGUGCAGUAUCAGAUUUGAUGGUAAUAGCAAAUGGUGUAGCAAAUAAAAUUAGUGAAUCAUCACUUAAAGAAAGUUGUGCUGCAUUAUUUUGA